AUGUCCUCGCAUCGCGUAAUCCAGGACUCCGACGAUGAGGAUGACCCCUUGGUGGGGCCCGAGGCCGAUACCACGCACGUUGACAUGCAGGACGGCCCAGCACACUACCACCAACCGCAAGAGACAGGUCACGGCUCGCAUAUGAACGUCAACUUCGACCAAUUCCUCAAAUCUCAAGAGUCGGUCCCUCUGGGUCCAUCUUCCUCUCAACAGCGGAGAGAAGAACGAUGGAUUCCUGCUAAGAUGGGGCGCGGAUCAUUGGGCUCGAUGAUGACAGAGAUCGGAAUGGCGCAGCAACGAUUAUUCGACGACGACGAAGCCCAAUACGUCGACCAUACUCGGUAUGCGGAAUUGGCGCAAGUACCUGUUCAGGAACAGGCCGCUCCGGAAUUGGAAUUGCCUGCGCCGGGUGGGAUAAAUCACAUCGACCAUGGCUAUAUUGAACUUCCGGAACAGCACGACGAAGAUACCCUGUCUGAUCUACAACCGACCCUUCCCGAUCCUCCGCUACAACACGUACCCGGACAGGAGCCGAGUUUCUAUGAGCCAACGCAAAUAGACCCCCUCCCCCUCCCCCACACCCAUGAACCAACUGCGCAGACGAGAAAACGAACAAGCUCCAACUACACUCUUUCCACAGGAGCUUCCUAUAACAUAUUCGAAUCAUCUCUUCGUCCGUCUGACAAUUCCUAUCCGGAGAGCAAUCACCCUCCCACACAUUCUACCGGGUCCGGCCUUGCAUACAAAUCCCCGCGACGACAUAACUCGGCGCUCGUCGACCCGUACUCACCACACGACACUGAGCCUUUCUCCUCUGCUAGACUCAAUAGAUCGAAAAGCGACAAUGCGGCACAACAAUCUCAGCAUAGCGUCGAUGAACUCGCUGCACCCGUUCCAGUUCCCGUUCCCGCGCCCGCGCCCGCUUCCAUCCCCGGCGUCGAGAAGAAACGAGGCCGGAAGAAGAAACAAAGUCUCCCUGAAAACGACGAGGACGAUGAUCUUGCUCAUCAUAAUCCUCCAGUCAUCCCCGAUGGGACGGUCAGUCUUAAUAAACCCGAGAAGCGCAAACCCGGCAGACCACCGAAGAACGCAAAACCACUACACGACGACCAAAACGACGAGCACGACCUUCUCCUUGGUCCUGAAGAACCAGAUCCAGCUCCCACUCUUCCAAACAACCCAGACAACACUUCCGCCAACUCUCUCCCUCUCACCAUCAACGAAUCCCCAGAAAUCCCCACCGACCCAUCACUACCUCCACAAACAGAACCCCCCGUCCCCAACCCAAAGCCCUCCAAAAAGUCCCCCAAAGAGCCCAAGAAGAAGAAGCUCAAACGCGGAAAAACAAUGUCCAUCACCCAAACGAAAACAUACCACUCCGACAUCGAAGAGGACGUUAUAUGGGUGGACGAAAGACCUCUCGUCCCUCCUGGUGCUGAUAAACCACUACCACCACCACCACCACCACCUCAAGACCAUCAUCGCCCUGCAGACGAGCUAGAGGAACAACAGAACCCAGAACCAGAAGCAGAGGACACUACUCUCCCCGAUGCGGCCGCAGCGACAGCUGCACGAGAACCAGAAUCUGUACCUGCACCCCCCGCGCCCAAAAAGCGCGGACGCAAAAGGAAGAACCCCGUCGACGAACCACCACCACCAAUACAAGAAGAAGAGCAGCCGCAACAGCACCAAGGGGCAGAAGAUCUGGUAGUAGAUCCAACCCCAAAUCCAGAACCAAACCCAGAACCAGAACUACAACCAGACCAUACACACCACCAGCACCACCAUAACCCGAACAAGACCCAACAACCCCCAGCACACCCCUAAAACCAACCAAAGGGCCCUCAAAACACAGUCCCAUAUCAUCCACCAGCAAAGUUCCCUACCGGGUCGGAUUAAGUCGCCGAGCGAGAAUCG